AUGAGUUCUCCAUCAUCUUCUCCAUCGUUCAUCUUACCAGAUAGCCCACCAGCCCACCAACGCAUCCUCAACUACUGGCAACGGAAAGCUGCCCUCGCUGCUGAGUCGUCCGCUCCUGCACCCGUGCCCUCACCCCUCAGCGUGGAACCACCAUCGCCGGGCGGCGAGAUCGUGCUGGGGGACAGUCCUCUUCAACGUCUAGCUCCAGCUGCUACCUGGGGACCGCGGCGAGCGGUGCUAGCUACCCUGUCAAACAAGAUCAAGCAGAAGCAGGGGAAGAGGAAGUUGACGUUUGAGGAGGCUGAAGCUAGUGGGGAAGAGGACGAGGAGACAAUCUACUCACAAACAAAGAAACGUGCUGGAAUGGAGGACAACUCCUCCAUGGUUCCACUACUAGAGGAGGUGCGGCGAGCGGGGGAUGAGUUGGACGUUGUGCAACUAAUCAACUUGGAGACAUAAAAGUGUGUCAAAAAGACAUAAAAAAGGGGAUGUGCUUGCAAUUUAUAUUGUAGUUCUGAUUUUUUAAUAUAUUAUUUGGGUACAAAAGAGAAGUCCAGAACCAAUUUUUUCAUGCA